GUCAAAUACUCCGCGUGGUCUUAAAACGCUUCCUUCUCCACCUGGUAGAAGGUUCUAUAUUGGUCAUUUUUUACAACUUGGGCCUGAGCCACACAAAAAAUUAACCGAAUGGGCAAGGAGUUUAGGUGAUAUUUAUGGUGUAUACAUGGGUCAACAGUAUUGGAUUAUAUUAACUGGUGAUAAAGUUAUUGGUGAACUUUUACAAAAGCGAGGUGCAAAAUAUUCGUCUCGUCCACCAAAUUAUUAUACUGUUGAGUUACUACAUAGAAACAAAAGUUUUAUUAGUAGUCCAUAUAAUGAAAGAUAUAAAAUGCUUAUUCCUACUGGUCAAAGAAAUCUAAAAGAAAAUUCUGAUAUAAUAGAUAAUGAAUAUCUUAUACUUAUGCAAAAUCUUUGUAAGGCUUCAGAAAAAAACACAAAAGAUGGUUUUUAUCCAAAAAGUUAUUUUCAUCAUACUGCAUUUAAUGUUGUCGCUUUAUUUUGCUGGGGCAAGCGUACAGAAAGUUUUGAGAACCCAUUUUAUAAAGAAUUUAAUAAUUGGUUGGAUACUCGAUUAUAUCUUGUCGCAGCAACACAUAAAUAUUCUUCAUAUUUCCCAAUAUUAGAAUGGUUGCCGGGUAAUAGGUUGUAUAAUACGGUGAUCAAAAAUAGAACCGAAUCUGAGGAUUUUUUUAAAAAGAUAAUUAAAGAUGUUAAAGAUAAUGAAAAGAGACCUUGUGCUAUUAGAGACAUGCUUAACAAAGUAAACGAAGGUAUACUGGAUGAAUCUGAUAUUAUUCAUGUUUUUGACAAUUUAUUUGUUGCUGGAACUGUAAGUAUUUGA